AGUUGAAACGUCAGGCUAUGUCCUUGGGCACAGCCAUUUACAACGACCUGGGAAUGAAAAAAGGUAGCGUGAUGGCUAUACUGUCGCCCAACUGUCUCGAAUACGUUCCAGUGCUUUACGGUAUCAUGAUGGUUGGUGUCACCGCUACCACCUUGAAUCCGGGAUACACACCGGGCGAAAUUGCGUAUCAACUGAACGAUUCUAAGGCGGACUCGAUCGUCAUUCACGCUGCGCUGCUCGACAACCUGAAGAAGGCCGAACCGGAACUGAUUAAACCUUUGAAGCAUGUGGUCGUAAUCGGGGAUAAACCUGAAAACUCGGAGCAUUUGUGGUACGAUGAUCUUGCGGCGGGCGAUGGCGAGAGUUUGCCCAAGGUAGAUAUCGAUGUUAAACGAGACAUUGCACUACUGCCGUACAGUUCUGGCACCACCGGUCGACCUAAAGGCGUGGCACUCUCCAACUUCAAUUUGGCUGUAAACGUUACACAGACACAAGACGGGGGUUUGAUGCCAAUUGAGCACGGCGUCAAGCAACUCGCCCUUCUGCCCCUGUUCCACAUGUACGGUUUGCUCAUGUGUGGCAACAUCGGUGUGCGAUCAGGCUGGACUAUGUCGAUUUUACCCGCCUUCGACCCUGUUGAGUUCCUGGAGACCAUCCAGAAUGACAAGAUCGAAUUGAUGCACAUUGUACCACCUUUGGUUGUGUUCCUUGCUAAACAUCCACUGGUGGAUAACUAUGAUCUGACCAGUAUCAAGAGUAUCUUCUCGGCCGCCGCACCUCUCGGACGUGACACUGCUGAGCUGCUUGCGAAGAGACUGCCAUGGGUAGAUACUAUCCGACAGGGCUACGGAAUGACUGAAAUGUCUCCUGUGUCCCAUCUCGAUUCUGAUCAGCCCACCAUGGGCAGUGUGGGUGUGCUUGUAUCCAACACUGAGGCCAAGUUCCUGGAUCCUGAAUCACACGAGGAGAUCGAAGUGACUCCCGGACAAGUAGGCGAGUUGUGCAUUCGAGGCCCACAAGUCAUGUUGGGAUAUCUCAACCGACCUGAAGAGACCGAUGCUACUAUGACUUCCGAUGGCUUCCUGCGCACAGGCGAUGUCGGGCAUAUGGACGAGAAGAACCAUCUCUUCAUCCACGACCGUCUUAAGGAACUAAUCAAGGUUAAAGGGCUUCAGGUCGCCCCAACCGAGCUAGAGGAUCAUCUAAUCUCUCACCCGAGUGUCAGUGAUGCUGCUGUCAUCGCUCGUUACGACGAAUUCGCCGGUGAACUGCCCAAGGCGUAUGUGGUAAAGACAGCGGGUGCAUCGGAGACUGAGGAAAAUAUCAGAGAGUGGCUGAAUGGACUCCAUGCCAAGCAUAAGCAUCUGUGUGAAGUUGAGUUUAUCGAUGCUAUUCCCAAGAAUCCCUCUGGAAAAAUUCUAAGACGCUUGCUUCGCGACAAAGAGAAAGCAUCACAGGCCGAAAAGGCAGCCUCCCUCUGAUUAAAGAGCAUCGUGGCAAGGUCAAACAAGCCCCAUCCCAGACUCCGGUGGUGGCUUUCAACUUAAAGAAAGGAAGAUAGCGACGGAUUAGGAGGCCGAUAUGACAGUGAAUAACCCAGUUCAGCACUAUUAGUCUUCCACAGUAGGUGCAAGCUCGGUAUUCGGGUGGAAAUUGUACAAUGAACGGGACCCGCAACAGCUCAUUGACUCUAUUAAAAAUAAUAUAGCUACCUGCACUAUCUAUUGAGACCAUAGAUUGUGCGCUGUACAGCAUAGUCCUCGCCCUCUUGAUGUACAUGCGGUGUCGGUUUUUAUAGCCUCCUUGCGAGUUCAAAUAUAAGCGCCCACGGUAGUCAUGGCAAACGUCAAAAGGAUAGUCUGACACAGCGUAUAUAGCUACACGAAAAUAUAAAACUCAUAUAGUUCAUGAGAUGUAUUUAUGUUAUUGAAUAUAUAUUAAGC